AUGUCUCAAAAAUUUCUAAAACAUGAAGUUGAUCACUUGGAGCACAUUCCAAUCGGAUAUAUCAAAGAUCGACAUUAUGCAAUUGUCACAAGAGAUGGUUCGAAAUUCUUCAGCAAUUAUACAUGUUAUCAUAAAUCAUGUGAUAUUGUUAUUCAAGCAAUGAGCGAAAAAGACAGAGAAGUACUUCUUUUGGUACAAAAAGCAUAUUCAGUGAAUGGUCCACGAGAAUUGAGUAAAUUUUUCUAUUUAAAUGAGAAAGAGUUUGAUGCAUUUUGUCAAGAAUCACUGAAAUAUAUUGGUGAGUUUUAUUUCUCCUGAACUUUCGAGAAAAAUAAGGCUUUUUUCAGAAAAUGCUGAUAGCGAUGAAUGGAGAGAAGCAUGCAAGGAAAUGCAAUUAACACAAGAUGAAAAUCAUCAAGUUGCAUGGAAUAUGACUCGAGAUCAUAACAGUUUAAGAGAAACUUUUCCCAGAGAUCGUGUUAGUGAUGAAGAUAUCGAAAAAAUCAAAAAGAAUUUCAAAAGUCGAACAAUGAAAGACAAAAAUGGAAUGAAUGUAACAAGUCUCAAGAAAUAUCUGGCUCUUUCUUCACUUUUUGAAGCAAAUUAUAAAAGAGCAAAGUUAUAUUUGGAUAAUCUCGAAAUGUUUCAAGAAGGAAAACGUGGAAGACAAUUUAUAAUGAGAAUGAUAAAUGAUAAAAGAAUCAACGAUUUUGAUGAAUGGUUUUUGUGUCGUGGAGAAAUUUAUGAAUUUGUUGAUAUAAUCAUGCAACAAAUUGAAGCCAACGAAAAACAAUCUGGUACUAUUUUUUUAGAAAAACUUCAAUAAGUAAUUAAUAUGUCCAACUUUUCAGACCUUCUUUUUGAUUGGAUUUCCGAAUAUGAAGACAACGACAAAAUGUUUGUACCUGUUAAGGAAUUUGAAAAAUAUCUCAACAUUCUUAAAAUUGACAAGAAUCGCGUUAUUUUCGUACCCGAUGUUGAUUUUAUGAAAGAUUGGAUCGAUAUUCCGCUUCAAAUAAAUCCGCUUGGCUCAACUGUUUACAUGACAGAAGGAAUUAAAGGUUUAUCCGAAGAUUCAGGUAUACUUUCUUAAAAUUAGAAUUUGAUUUUUGUAUUUUUAAAGUGAAUAUUUUUAUUCCAGGCGCAACUGAAAAUGUUCGAAAGUUUUGCAUGUGA